CUCUUCACGACUCAAGAUUGACGACAGGCGAUUCGUGAUCCACUGAUUGCAAUUCACAAUUCUUUAGACAUGAUUUGGAGGUGUUGAUGAUCUGUAAAUGCGCAAGCACCGAUUCUUGAUGGAGCGCCAGCUUUCUCGAAUGCCCUCAAUUCCUGCUGCCAGCAGCAAAGCGCGCCACGCCAAAUCAGCAAUUAACAGCUACAUGCAAAUGGUCAAAGCAUUCGCUAUCCGUGAUUGUGUGAGCAGUCAAGACAACGGCAAGACCAGAGCAACCAUGGCAACAGUCACGGCGCAUGACUCGUGACUGAUCAUUCUGGUUCACAGCAAUCCGAAUGCUUGAUUUGAUGGUGAAUGCAAUCAAGUUGCAGCUGGGAUCCAAGGCGGGCGCAAUCAGGAUCCGAUCCGGCCCAAUCGCAUCAGCGCGCGCACCUCGUCAUCCAUCACCUGCUCCUCAUUUCUUUCUUUCCCUACGUGCCGACCUCUGCGGCGCGAUUAAUACUUUCUGCUGCGCCAAUCAGAGUGCCUCGGUCCGCCGCAGUGUUCAAUUGACGCCUCGUCGUGGAUCAAGGAUGGCGCACAGACCCAUGUGUAGAGUCGUCAGUCACAGCGGUGCAGGUGCACAAACGCCACGACCGCGAUGCUCGGCGACGAGGGCGGCGGGGCGCAAACACGGGCGCAGCCUUGCGGCGCCUAUAGCUCCAUGAACGAAGCACGAGGAUCAUAUGGGCUUGUCGCUGAUCGACCCUCACCACAUAUGGCGUACCUGGAAGGACAAGUGCUGCGCAUCAUCCGUCCUCGCUGUCAGCAAGGAUUGACGCCAUCAAUGAUGCGCCUCGCUGGCGUUCCGCGCAGUCAGCUCGUCAGAGAUCGAUCUACCGACUACUUGUCCAUCGAAGCAAGCAAGAUCGAGGAACGCGCUGUAGCUGUUCGUCUGCACUCCCAAAGAGAAGUCACGAGUUCUCUCAGUCAGGCACCUCGACACCGGGCCCAGGCACCCGCCUGACCUCAUCGCUCGUGACCUUUGGACGGUGUAUGGUCUCAUCAGCUCUGGAUCACUCGCCAAGCCAUGCGCAGGCGUCAACUACCAUGCUAUGCCGGAAAUUCAUCCGAGGCGCACACGCCGUCCAGAUUUGAUUCUGCAGUCACGAGCUGUGGGUGUACUCGCGACUAUUGGGCGUUUGGCGCACUACUUGGGUGCUGAUACCACGGGUCUACGCGGAAUUGCGUCGUCACUGCGCCAGAUUGAAGUCGCCUAUGGAUGAGAGGUGCUGAUUGAUGCUUGAGCGCGACACCUUCGUGGUGCGUCUGCUGUUUUCGGGGCGCCGCACGCUCUUCGCACAGUCACCUGGACAGGGCUGCAUAUAAGUUGGCAUGGUCCGACGUUUUGUCUCGCACGGCUCCCGUCUUUCAACCUCGCACCCCUCGACGCUCGUCAAGACUUGCACUGGAAGCUGGUCUUCCCCAAAACCCCCUUUAACGGUUCAAUUGCGAGACUCGACUCACCCCUAUUUCCAAGAAGCUGGUCUUCUUUGAAGUCAAUACUUCCAUCACCCACAAACUUCGUCGUUGUAGUCGUCGUCAUCCUCUAUCCAUUUGCGACUGCUGUCAGCUGGUCUGCCCCGCAUUUGUGUAUCCAAUAACUUCCCUUUUCUUCACCUCCGACCCGU